UUUGAUUUUUUCUCUUCGUUUGAAAAAAAUUGAAACUUCACCCAUCUUGGGUCCCUCGUCGGUUCGUUGUCUCCAUCUCUCUCUCUCUCUCUCUCUCUCUCUCUCUUUAUGUCGUCUCCGAAUGGGAGAACUUUUCGAGUCACUUCUUUGCGUCUUGUCGUCUCAGUUUCGAUUCUUUGAGCGUUUGCUCUUCUUCCGAAUCUUCUGUAUUUUCUUGAAUUCGUAUUCUUUGUAAGUCUCUAGAGAUGGGUUUCGAUUGAUUCUGAUCGGUGUAAUCUCAGAUGAGUUUUGAUGCAUUUGAAAAGGCUUUACUCGAGCAUUGGUUGGAUCGUUUGCUUGUUAGCUUCUGGCAUCUGUUACUGCAUCUCUGGUCAUUCAGGAAACAUUCAUGCUCGGUCCGAAGGUAACUUGGAAGCUAUGAACCAGCUUGCCUGCCAAAACUUUUAGGGGCAUUGGAGUUCUCUAAAUAGGAAGCUCAGAUUCAUUAUUGGGAAAGGGUAGAGGAGUUUUUGGCAAAAUCUUGGUAAUGGGCUUGAGCUAAAUGAAAUAUUCAGUUCAGAUUAGCAUAAGGAAAGAGAGAAGAGUUGAGAGGAAGAUGGGCUCUAUCAGUUCUUGUUUCCGGGUCGAGGAUUUUGAAGAGCACGUGAAUUCGAGCAGCUCGGUAUAUAGGAACUGCCCAUGCUUGAGAUGCCUUGUUCAUAAUUUCCUUAACGUGUACAUCUUUCCCCGCUCAGUCACAUCUUCCCUUGAAGGUUUCGGGUCAAUAACUUCUUCCACUGCCUCACAUGACAACUUUCUGACCGAUACAUUCCCUUCUACUCCAAGGCCUCUGCCUUAUGACACUGAUCCUAGGUACUUCCUCCCGUCACAACGUGAUUCACUUGUCUCGAGACGUGAGAAGGGCUCAGGCCAUUCCCAUGAGGAAUGGGAACCCUUGAGAAGUGAUAGCAAUGUGGAUUCUGAAUCUUUUGGCCUGGGAGGAAUCGGAAGCAAAUGGGUUAGUAAGUCUGUCCCUGAAGAUGGGUCCAAAGAAGGGUACUCUAAGUCCACGCUCAGAAUCAUGCAAUCAAAGACGACGGCUGGUAACGAGACAAUGUAUGUAUUGUCUGAAGAUGAAGAUGUCUGUCCAACGUAUCUCGAAGUGGAGAACCCCAAGAUUGUUACCAAGUGUUCUCACCAUUUCCACCUUGGCUGCAUUUACGAGUGGAUGGAGAGAAGUGAAAACUGUCCUGUUUGUGGAAAGGUGAUGGAAUUCAACGAAACACCGUGAUCACUGGCCUUUGUCGGCCCGGGAAGCGUAGAUUUGCUUUGCUUGUGAAUAUUGUUCGAUCCUAAUGGUAAACAUGAAGAGAGAAAAAGAAUGUUUUCCAUGCCAAAUGAGGAAACCUCCCAAAAAACAAGGAACCAAGAACAAAAAACUCUUGGUAUGUAUUUUUUGGUUGUGGGUAUUUUCAUGUCAAACUAAAAUGAAUGUAAUCUAUUGAAUUAAAGUGUGGAAUUAAAAAACAUAUAGAUA